AUUUAUUUACAGUAGCAAACCAAUGAGCGACCAUUUUAACUUUGAGCAAGACAGCAGUGAGGACAUGUUCCCAAAAAUAAAAGAAAAUGAUGAAGUUCCAUACUCUCUUGGAUUACUAACCAAGGAAAUUAUAAAAAAAUAAAGAAAGCACUGAGAAAGAAUUUAGACAAAAUGAAUCAAAUACAAAACAGAAGAUGCCAGUAAUUGGAAGGGCAAAUCAUAACUUAUCUCCUCAAAGCUCAAAUUCUCCAAAGAAAUCCUCGUUAAACAACAGGGCUUCCUUAAAUAGCAGAAGCAAUAUUAUAGAAGAAAUAUCUUCAAAAUACAGUUACUCUGAUAACUUUUCCCAAAAAGAGUCACAAACUCCUCAAAGUCAGUGCAAGAAGACCCAAUCAAGACAAUCCUCCAAACCUGGGUCAAAGCCGUCCCGAUAUAAUAGCACCAAUAAGAAAGUGUCCAAAAAUUUAUCCCAAGAAACACAAAACUAUAACACUAAAACAAAAUACUCUAAAAAGGUUGACUCCAAACAGAUGAAACAGAGCAGUUCAGUGGUGACUCUUCCGAAGAGGAAGUUAGAGUGAGCUGAUUUUGUUGAAAUAUAAGGUUCUUGGGCUUAGAUCAUUGUGCAUUACAGCAAAGUACUCAGUUGAGAGAAAUACAAUCGAAAAUAAAGCAAUUACGAAGGAAAAUAAAUGAUAUCAAAAAUACUUUAAAAAUCAGUUAUGAUAUUGAUCAAGUUGUAGUCUUAGAAAAUGAAUUAGCACAGAAAAACAAGGCAAUUUUGUCUCUGACAGACUCCAAAGUUGGCCUAAACGCAGUGAAAAGAUCUCAAAAGCAGUUCUACACUGAAAUCAACCCGAAAGGCAGAGUUAGCAAAUAAGAAAGUGUCUGUUUCCAAACAACUUGAGAUCCAAAAGUUCAACUAUGCAAAAAUGCAGAAAGAAGUCCAAACUAUGGAGAAAGAUCUAGACGAGAGACAUCUUGAGUUUAUAGAUAAAGAAACUGAGUGCAGAAGAAUGACUAAUAAAAUCAAAGCUCUUCAAAAAUCUAAGAAAACUUCACAACCUCUUCUUCAAAUGUCUCAAAGUCAAACUUUUAAUUCUGGGCCAAACAGAUUCUUAGCUGAAACUUCAAAAGCAGACCUUAAUGAGCUUUCAACUAAGCUUAAUCACCAAAAGAAGGAGCUAUCCAAAGCAAAGAACUCUUUUGCUGCUAAAAAUGACCGUGUCAAGGCAGAAAUUAAUAAAAUAAAGGAAAAUAACUCAAAACAAGACCAACAGAUACAUUUGACUAAUAUGAGAAUCAAAGAGCUUGAAAGAUACAUCAAGAAUUGAUCAUCAGCAAGAUUCAAUGACGCUAAAUCAACAACUGAAGUCAGCAUAAAAGCUCAUAGCACUUGGACGAGCAGCGCAGAGAAAAUCAAGAAAGUUAAGAAGAAGAUCAACACUAGAAGAGAAAUCGAAUAUGCUCAUCUUCCUAUCCCGAAAAAUACCUUCCUCACUCAGAGGUAUGACAGUAAUGAUAGAAAGCAAUCUCCAAUAUCUACAUUCCAAAAAUCAAUGAUCACAAAUUCUUCACAAGAAAAGACCAAAGAUCAGACAUCAGUGUCCUCUACUCCAGCUAAGAGACUUAAUAAUAGAGCAUCAGACCCUAUGAUUCUUAAUACAGUGAAAGAAGAAGAUCUUGAAGAAACAGUGAAUAACAUAAAUGAAUUUCAGAAAACAGUUAAAAACUUAAAGCUUCCAUCAAAACAAACUUCUCAGUCUGAAUCUAAGUCCAAAACAGGUCAAGAAAGUAGCUCAAGCUCAGGUUCCAGCAACUCUAGAGACUCUAGUGGCUCCAGCAGCUCUGAUAGCUCAAGUAUCGAAGAUGAAUACUCUCAGUCAAAUUUCGAAGCUAUAGAAGCAUAGCUGAGUAUAAUUCAACCAGAAA